AUGGCCGUCACCUUCUUCGAGGACCCAGCGUACCAAGGCCAGUCGCUCACGGUCGCCGCGGCCGACGACGCCGCCGCCGCGCUCCAGCGCUGGUCCAAACCGAUUCAAUCCAUCACGCUCGAUGCCAACACGGAGCUCGUGACGUACGAUCGCCCAGAGCGACAAGGCCAGUCCGCGAUCUGGCGCUACUCGACAACACGUCUCGGUAGCUGGACUCAGCGCGUCGCUUCGUUCGAGCUCCGACGAGCAGACGCGGAAGCGACAGUGCUGGACACCAACUGGAAGCACCUCCGCGUUCCCACCGGCUACGUGCAAGUGCGGGCGGGCGACACGAUCGAGUGCCGGUCACAUGAUAGUGUCAACUGCGACGUCCAUAUGGUCAAUGCCACAAGCGACACCCGACGUCCUGUGCACCCUGCUCGGUGCGGCGCCGAGUACGCCAUGAGGCUCUAA